GUUCACUUAAACCUGCAGAAGGAUGACUGACCUCUUAAGAAGUGUUGUGACCGUCAUCGAUGUUUUCUAUAAAUAUACCCAGCAGGAUGGGGAGUGUGGCACGUUGAGCAAGGAUGAGCUAAAGGAACUUUUGGAGAAAGAGUUUCGUCCAAUUCUGAAGAACCCAGAUGAUCCAGACACAGUGGAUGUCAUCAUGCAUAUGCUGGAUCGAGAUCAUGAUCGAAGAUUGGACUUUACUGAGUUUCUUCUGAUGGUAUUCAAGCUCGCUAUGGCCUGCAACAAGGUCCUCAGCAAAGAAUACUGUAAAGCUUCAGGGUCAAAGAAGCACAGACAUAGUCGCCAAUACCAAGAUGAAGAAAGUGAAACAGAAGAGGAAGAAGAGGAUACAUCGGGACAGAAAUCAGGUUACAAAUAUUCAGGUUGGAGUGAGGGAGAGGAGCAUGGUUAUAGUUCUGAGGGUUUGAGGGGUUCUGCAAAACAGAGACAUGGGUCCAGGAGGCUGGGGAGGCAUGGUGAUUUAUCUAGCUCAGAGAACCAAAAGGGAUCUGAAAAAAGGCACUGUGGGUCCAGUUCUGGUCACUCACAGAGUAGUGGCAAACAAAGACAUGGUUCCAGCUCUGGAGAGUUGGGGGAAAGAAGAAGCAAGUCACGUGUUAGCCCCUCUAGGGAAUCUGGGGAAGAAUAUGAAUCUGGAUCUGGAUCUGGAUCAAGAAGUGGGGGAAGGAAAAGUCAUGGUGGUCUGUCACACGGAUUAGACAUUAGUGAACAUGAAUCUAGCAAUUCAAGUGGGUGUGGAAGGCCACAAAAUGCUUCUAGUUCUUAUCAGGAAGGUCAAUUUGGAGGGCAAGGAAGCCAAUCUAGCUGUACCCCAUCAGGUUAUGAAUCUGGAAGCAGUGGAGGACAAGGUCAUAGAUGUCUCUCAGGAGGUCAGUCAUGUGGAUAUGGUCAACAUGAGCCUAGCUCUUGUGGCCAGUCUUCAAGUCAGAGAGGAUAUGGAUCUAAAGCAUGUGGUCAACCACAGAAUUGUGGAGCACAACAGGGAACAGGUUCAAGUCAGUCCUCUUGUUGUGGGCAAUAUGAAUCUGGAGCAAGUCAAUCUUCUAAUUAUGGUCAACAUGGAUCUUCCUGUAGAUACUCUUCCAAAUCUCAUCAAAAAGGGUCUGGUUCAAAUGAAUUUUCUAAAUGUGGUCAACAUAGAUCCAGCUCAGGUCAGUCCUCUGGCUUUGGACAACAUGGCUCAGGCUCAGGUCAGUUCUCUGGCUUUGGACAAGGGUCAUGUUCAGGCCAAUCGUCUAGCUUUGGAAAACAGGGGUCAGGCUCAAGUCAGUCUUCUGGCUCUGGUCAACAUGGGCCUAGUUCACAACAAUCCUCUAGUUUUGAACACCAUGAGUCUAGAUCAGGGCAGUCUAGCUGUGGCCAACACGGGUCAGGCUCAGGCCAGUCCUCUGGCUUUGGCCAACAUGGGUCAGGCUCAGGCCAGUCCUCUGGCUCUGGAAAACAUGGGUCAGGCUCAGGUCAAUCCUCUGGCUCUGGAAAACAUGGGUCUAGUUCAUAUCAAUCCUCUAGUUUUCAACACCAUGAGUCCAGAUCAGGGCAGUCUGGCUGUGGCCAACACAGGUCAGGCUCAGGCCAGUCCUCUGGCUGUGGCCAACACGGGUCAGGCUCAGGCCAGUCCUCUGGCUGUGGCCAACAUGGGUCAGGCUCAUGUCAAUCCUCUGGCUCUGGAAAACAUGGGUCUAGUUCACAUCAGUCCUCGAGUUUUCAACACCAUGAGUCUAGAUCAGGGCAGUCUGGCUUAGGACAACACGGGUCAGGCUCAGGCCAGUCCUCUGGCUUUAGCCAACAUGGGUCAGCCUCAGGUCAGUCUUCUGGCUCUGGUCAACAUGGGUCUAGUCCACAUCAGUCUUCUAGUUUUGAGCACCAUGAGUCCAGAUCAGGGCAGUCUGGCUGUGGCCAACACAGGUCAGGCUCAGGCCAGUCCUCUGGCUGUGGCCAACACGGGUCAGGCUCAGGCCAGUCCUCUGGCUGUGGCCAACAUGGGUCAGGCUCAUGUCAAUCCUCUGGCUCUGGAAAACAUGGGUCUAGUUCACAUCAGUCCUCAAGUUUUCAACACCAUGAGUCUAGAUCAGGGCAGUCUGGCUCAGGACAACAUGGGUCAGGCUCAGGCCAGUCCUCUGGCUUUAGCCAACAUGGCUCAGCCUCAGGUCAGUCUUCUGGCUCUGGACUACAUGGGUCUAGUUCACAUCAUUCCUCUAGUUUUGAACACUAUGAGUCCAGAUCAGGGCAGUCUGGCUCAGGAAAACAUGGGUCAGGCUCAGGGCAGUCCUCUGGCUCUGGAAAACAUGGGUCAGGCUCAGGGCAGUCUGGCUCAGGACAACAUGGGUCAGGAUCAGGCCAGUCCUCUGGCUCUGGAAAACAUGGGUCAGGCUCAGGGCAGUCUUCUGGCUCUGGUCAACAUGGGUCUAGUCUGCAUCAGUCCUCUAGUUUUGAGCACCAUGAGUCCAGAUCAGGGCAGUCUGGCUGUGGCCAACACAGGUCAGGCUCAGGCCAGUCCUCUGGCUGUGGCCAACAUGGGUCAGGCUCAGGGCAGUCCUCUGGCUCUGGAAAACAUGGGUCAGGCUCAGGGCAGUCCUCUGGCUCUGGACAACAUGGCUCAGCCUCAGGGCAGUCUGGCUCAGGACAACAUGGGUCAGGAUCAGGCCAGUCCUCUGGCUCUGGAAAACAUGGGUCAGCCUCAGGUCAGGCUUCUGUCUCUGGUCAACAUGGGUCUAGUCCGCAUCAGUCCUCUAGUUUUGAGCACCAUGAGUCCAGAUCAGGGCAGUCUGGCUGUGGCCAACACAGGUCAGGCUCAGGCCAGUCCUCUGGCUGUGGCCAACAUGGCUCAGGCUCAGGCCAGUCCUCUGGCUCUGGACUACAUGGGUCUAGUUCACAUCAGUCCUCUAGUUUUGAACACCAUGAGUCCAGAUCAGGGCAGUCUGGCUCAGGACAACAUGGGUCAGCCUCAGGCCAGUCCUCUGGCUCUGGACAACAUGGCUCAGCCUCAGGCCAGUCCUCUGGCUCUGGACAACAUGGGUCAGGCUCAGGGCAGUCUUCUGGCUCUGGUCAACAUGGGUCUAGUCCACAUCAGUCCUCUAGUUUUGAGCACCAUGAGUCCAGAUCAGGGCAGUCUGGCUGUGGCCAACACAGGUCAGGCUCAGGCCAGUCCUCUGGCUGUGGCCAACAUGGGUCAGGCUCAGGUCAGUCCUCUGGCUCUGGAAAACAUGGGUCUAGUUCACAUCAGUCCUCUAGUUUUGAACACCAUGAGUCUAGAUCAGGGCAGUCUGGCUAUGGCCAACACAAGUCAGGCUCAGGCCAGUCCUCUGGCUGUGGCCAACAUGGGUUAGGCUCAGUCCAGUCCUCUGGCUCUGGACAACAUGGCUCAGCCUCAGGUCAGUCUUCUGGCUCUGGUCAACAUGGGUCUAGUUCACAUCAGUCCUCUAGUUUUGAACACCAUGAGUCCAGAUCAGGGCAGUCUGGCUGUGGCCAACACAAGUCAGGCUCAGGCCAGUCCUCUGGCUCUGGCCAACAUGGGUCAGGCUCAGGCCAGUCCUCUGGCUCUGGACAACAUGGCUCAGCCUCAGGUCAGUCUUCUGGCUCUGGUCAACAUGGGUCUAGUUCGCAUCAGUCCUCUAGUUUUGAGCACCAUGAGUCCAGAUCAGGGCAGUCUGGCUGUGGCCAACACAAGUCAGGCUCAGGCCAGUCCUCUGGCUCUGGACAACAUGGGUCAGGCUCAGGUCAGUCCUCUGGCUCUGGCCAACAUGGGUCAGGCUCAGGUCAAUCCUCUGGCUUUGGCCAACAUGGGUCAGGCUCAGGCCAGUCCUCUGGCUCUGGACUACAUGGGUCUAGUUCACAUCAGUCCUCUAGUUUUGAGCACCAUGAGUCUAGAUCAGGGCAGUCUGGCUGUGGCCAACACAGGUCAGGCUCAGGCCAGUCCUCUGGCUGUGGCCAUGGGUCAGGCUCAGGCCAGUCCUCUGGCUCUGGACUACAUGGGUCUAGUUCACAUCAUUCCUCUAGUUUUGAACACCAUGAGUCCAGAUCAGGGCAGUCUGGCUCAGGACAACAUGGGUUAGUCUCAGGCCAGUCCUCUGGCUUUGGCCAACAUGGGUCAGGCUCAGGCCAGUCCUCUGGCUCUGGAAAACAUGGGUCUAGUUCACAUCAGUCCUCUAGUUUUGAACACCAUGAGUCUAGAUCAGGGCAGUCUGGCUCAGGACAACAUGGGUCAGGCUCAGGUCAGUCCUCUGGCUUUAGCCAACAUGGGUCAGGCUCAGGUCAGGCUUCUGUCUCCGGACAACAUGGGUCUAGUUCGCAUCAGCCCUCUAGUUUUGAGCACCAUGAGUCCAGAUCAGGGCAGUCUGGCUGUGGCCAACACAAGUCAGGCUCAGGCCAGUCCUCUGGCUCUGGAAAACAUGGGUCUAGUUCACAUCAGUCCUCUAGUUUUGAACACCAUGAGUCUAGAUCAGGGCAGUCUGGCUGUGGCCAACACAGGUCAGGCUCAGGCCAGUCCUCAGGCUGUGGCCAACAUGGCUCAGGCUCAGGCCAGUCCUCUGGCACUGGACAACAUGGAUCAACCUCAGGCCAGUCCUCUGGCUCUGGAAAACAUGGGUCAGGCUCAGGUCAGGCUUCUGUCUCUGGACAACAUGGGUCUAGUUCACAUCAGCCCUCUAGUUUUGAGCACCAUGAGUCCAGAUCAGGGCAGUCUGGCUAUGGCCAACACGGGUCAGGCUCAGGCCAGUCCUCUGGCUCUGGUCAACAUGGGUCUAGUCUGCAUCAGUCCUCUAGUUUUGAACACCAUGAGUCUAGAUCAGGGCAGUCUGGCUGUGGACAACAUGGGUCAGGCUCAGGCCAGUCCUCUGGCUCUGGACAACAUGGGUCAGCCUCAGGCCAGUCCUCUGGCACUGGACAACAUGGGUCAGGCUCAGGCCAGUCCUCUGGCUCUGGACAACAUGGCUCAGCCUCAGGUCAGUCUUCUGGCUCUGGUCAACAUGGGUCUAGUUCGCAUCAGCCCUCUAGUUUUGAGCACCAUGAGUCCAGAUCAGGGCAGUCUGGCUGUGGCCAACACAGGUCAGGCUCAGGCCAGUCCUCUGGCUCUGGAAAACAUGGGUCUAGUUCACAUCAGUCCUCUAGUUUUGAACACCAUGAGUCUAGAUCAGGGCAGUCUGGCUAUGGCCAACACAAGUCAGGCUCAGGCCAGUCCUCUGGCUCUGGACUACAUGGGUCUAGUUCACAUCAUUCCUCUAGUUUUGAGCACCAUGAGUCGAGAUCAGGGCAGUCUGGCUGUGGCCAACACAGGUCAGGCUCAGGCCAGUCCUCUGGCUGUGGCCAACACAGGUCAGGCUCAGGCCAGUCCUCUGGCUCUGGACAACAUGGCUCAGCCUCAGGUCAGUCUUCUGUCUCUGGACAACAUGUGUCUAGUUCACAUCAUUCCUCUAGUUUUGAAUACCAUGAGUCUAGAUCAGGGCAAUCUGGCUGUGGCCAACACAGGUCAGGCUCAGGCCAGUCCUCUGGCUCUGGACAACAUGGGUCAGGCUCAGGCCAGUCCUCUGGCUCUGGACAACAUAGGUCUGGUUCAGGCCAGUCCUCUAGUUUUGAAUACCAUGAGUCUAGAUCAGGGCAGUCUGGCUGUGGCCAACGCAGGUCAGGCUCAGGCCAGUCCUCUGGCUGUGGACACCAUAGGUCAGGUUCAGGCCAAUCCUCUGGCUCAGGACAACAUGGGUCAGGCUCAGGUCAGUCCUCUGGCUUUGGACAACAUGGCUCAGCCUCAGGUCAGUCUUCUGGCUCUGGACUCUAUGGGUCUAGUUCGCAUCAGUCCUUUGGUUUUGAACACCAUGAGUCUAGAUCAGGGCAGUCUGGCUAUGGCCAACAUGGGUCAGCCUCAGGCCAGUCCUCUGGCUGUGGACACCAUAGGUCAGAUUCAGGCCAAUCCUCUGGCUGUGGGCAACAUUGGUCAGGCUCAGUCCAGUCCUCUGGCUCUGGUCAACAUGGGUCUAGUUCAUAUCAGUCUUCUAGUUUUGAACACCAUGAGUCUAGAUCAGGGCAGUCUGGCUAUGGCCAACAUGAGUCAGGCUCAGGGCAGUCCUCUGGCUUUGGACAACAUGGGUCAAGUUCAAGUCAGUCUUCAGGGUUUGGAGAACAUGGGUUUAGCUCAGGGCAAUUCUCAGGCUAUGAAUCUAGGGUAAGUGGACAAGGAAGCUGUGGGCCUAGAUCAAGCAAAAAGUAUCCAAUAAGUGGAAAACCAAUAUCAGACUCACCCCACAGUCAAACAAGAGGAAGCAGCCAAGAAAGAACUACUUCUCAGAGUGUAUUGGGAAAUGAGACUGAAGAUCAGGAGAGCAUUCAUGGACAAAACCAAAAAAGGCAAGGAACAGGUCAGGGAAGUAUAGCAUCCAGAAGGCAGGAAAAAACACACAGCCAAUCAAAUGACAGUGAAGGCCAGUCAGAUAGUUUGGAAACAUAUCAUGGUCAAAGACAUUCUGCACAAGAAUCUAGCAGGAGUGGAAGAAGAAGAGCUAGUCACAAUGAGUCCAGGGACAGUGAAAGGCAUACAGAAGUCUCACAGAGGCACUCAGGAUACAUUCAUGGUCAAGCUGGAUCUCAACAUGGAGAGUCAGGAUCAACAGUUCGAGGUGGACAGGGCCCUGCCCGUGGCCAGUCGGGAGAUACCUCUAGACAUGGCCAAUCUAGUCAUGGGCAAUACUCAUACUCUGAGUCCAGAACGGCUGGAAGAAGGGGAUCUAGUCAGAGUGAGUCCAGUGACAGUGAAAGGCAUUCAGGAGCCUCGCAGAGGCACUCCGCAUCCACACACAGGCAGGCUGGAUCUCAACAUGGAGAUUCGGGAUCCACAGUUAGAGGCAGACAAGAAACAGAUCACGGACAGGCUGGAUCUCAACACGGAGAGUCAGGAUCAACAGUUCGAGGUGGACAGGGCCCUGCCCGUGGCCAGUCGGGAGAUACCUCUAGACAUGGCCAAUCUAGUCAUGGGCAAUCCACACACUCUGAGUCCAGAACGGCUGGAAGAAGGGGAUCUAGUCAGAGUGAGUCCAGUGACAGUGAAAGGCAUUCAGGAGCCUCACAGAGGCACUCGGCAACCACAUAUGGGCAGGCUGGAUCUCAACAUGGAGUGGUGGAACAUUCAGGAUCUGAUACAAUAGAGAGACACUGGUCUGGUCAUUCACAGUCAGAUGAUAUUCACAGGCAGUCACAGGACAACCUGAGCACACCAUCCAGUAGCAGUCAUGCCCAAUCUGGAAUAGAUCAUUCUCAGUCUCAGAUUAGUAAAAGGCAAAGAAAUAUAUCUGGUCAAGGAUGGAGACAUGGUAGCUAUGGAAGACAAGAAUAUGACUAUGGGCAGUCUGGGUAUGGACCUUCUGGGGACAUAACCAUAUCUAGUCAGAGUGAGUCCAGUGACAGUGAAAGGCAUUCAGGAGCCUCGCAGAGGCACUCGGCAUUCACACACGGGCAGGCUGGAUCUCAACAUGGAGAGUCAGGAUCAACAGUUCGAGGUGGACAGGGCCCUGCCCGUGGCCAGUCGGGAGAUACCUCUAGACAUGGCCAAUCUAGUCAUGGGCAAUACUCAUACUCUGAGUCCAGAACGGCUGGAAGAAGGGGAUCUAGUCAGAGUGAGUCCAGUGACAGUGAAAGGCAUUCAGGAGCCUCGCAGAGGCACUCCGCAUCCACACACGGGCAGGCUGGAUCUCAACAUGGAGAUUUGGGAUCCACAGUUAGAGGCAGACAAGAAACAGAUCACAGACAGGCUGGAUCUCAACAUGGAGAGUCAGGAUCAACAGUUCGAGGUGGACAGGGCCCUGCCCGUGGCCAGUCGGGAGAUACCUCUAGACAUGGCCAAUCUAGUCAUGGGCAAUACUCAUACUCUGAGUCCAGAACGGCUGGAAGAAGGGGAUCUAGUCAGAGUGAGUCCAGUGACAGUGAAAGGCAUUCAGGAGCCUCGCAGAGGCACUCCGCAUCCACACACGGGCAGGCUGGAUCUCAACAUGGAGAUUCGGGAUCCACAGUUAGAGGCAGACAAGAAACAGAUCACAGACAGGCUGGAUCUCAACAUGGAGAGUCAGGAUCAACAGUUCGAGGUGGACAGGGCCCUGCCCGUGGCCAGUCGGGAGAUACCUCUAGACAUGGCCAAUCUAGUCAUGGGCAAUCCUCACACUCUGAGUCCAGAACGGCUGGAAGAAGGGGAUCUAGUCAGAGUGAGUCCAGUGACAGUGAAAGGCAUUCAGGAGCUUCGCAGAGGCACUCCGCAUCCACACACAGGCAGGCUGGAUCUCAACAUGGAGAUUCGAGAUCCACAGUUAGUGGCAGACAAGAAACAGAUCACAGACAGGCUGGAUCUCAACAUGGAGAGUCAGGAUCAACAGUUCGAGGUGGACAGGGCCCUGCCCGUGGCCAGUCAGGAGAUACCUCUAGACAUGGCCAAUGUAGUCAUGGGCAAUACUCAUACUCUGAGUCCAGAACAGCUGGAAGAAGGGGAUCUAGUCAGAGUGAGUCCAGUGACAGUGAAAGGCAUUCAGGAGCCUCGCAGAGGCACUCCGCAUCCACACACAGGCAGGCUGGAUCUCAACAUGGAGAUUCAGGAUCCACAGUUAGAGGCAGACAAGAAACAGAUCACAGACAGGCUGGAUCUCAACACGGAGAGUCAGGAUCAACAGUUCGAGGUGGACAGGGCCCUGCCCGUGGCCAGUCGGGAGAUACCUCUAGACAUGGCCAAUCUAGUCAUGGGCAAUCCACACACUCUGAGUCCAGAACGGCUGGAAGAAGGGGAUCUAGUCAGAGUGAGUCCAGUGACAGUGAAAGGCAUUCAGGAGCCUCACAGAGGCACUCGGCAACCACAUAUGGGCAGGCUGGAUCUCAACAUGGAGUGGUGGAACAUUCAGGAUCUGAUACAAUAGAGAGACACUGGUCUGGUCAUUCACAGUCAGAUGAUAUUCACAGGCAGUCACAGGACAACCUGAGCACACCAUCCAGUAGCAGUCAUGCCCAAUCUGGAAUAGAUCAUUCUCAGUCUCAGAUUAGUAAAAGGCAAAGAAAUAUAUCUGGUCAAGGAUGGAGACAUGGUAGCUAUGGAAGACAAGAAUAUGACUAUGGGCAGUCUGGGUAUGGACCUUCUGGGGACAUAACCAUAUCUAGUCAGAGUGAGUCCAGUGACAGUGAAAGGCAUUCAGGAGCCUCGCAGAGGCACUCGGCAUUCACACACGGGCAGGCUGGAUCUCAACAUGGAGAGUCAGGAUCAACAGUUCGAGGUGGACAGGGCCCUGCCCGUGGCCAGUCGGGAGAUACCUCUAGACAUGGCCAAUCUAGUCAUGGGCAAUCCUCACACUCUGAGUCCAGAACGGCUGGAAGAAGGGGAUCUAGUCAGAGUGAGUCCAGUGACAGUGAAAGGCAUUCAGGAGCCUCGCAGAGGCACUCGGCAUUCACACACGGGCAGGCUGGAUCUCAACAUGGAGAUUUGGGAUCCACAGUUAGAGGCAGACAAGAAACAGAUCACAGACAGGCUGGAUCUCAACAUGGAGAGUCAGGAUCAACAGUUCGAGGUGGACAGGGCCCUGCCCGUGGCCAGUCGGGAGAUACCUCUAGACAUGGCCAAUCUAGUCAUGGGCAAUACUCAUACUCUGAGUCCAGAACGGCUGGAAGAAGGGGAUCUAGUCAGAGUGAGUCCAGUGACAGUGAAAGGCAUUCAGGAGCUUCGCAGAGGCACUCCGCAUCCACACACGGGCAGGCUGGAUCUCAACAUGGAGAUUUGGGAUCCACAGUUAGAGGCAGACAAGAAACAGAUCACAGACAGGCUGGAUCUCAACAUGGAGAGUCAGGAUCAACAGUUCAAGGUGGACAGGGCCCUGCCCGUGGCCAGUCGGGAGAUACCUCUAGACAUGGCCAAUCUAGUCAUGGGCAAUCCUCACACUCUGAGUCCAGAACGGCUGGAGGAAGGGGAUCUAGUCAGAGUGAGUCCAGUGACAGUGAAAGGCAUUCAGGAGCCUCGCAGAGGCACUCCGCAUCCACACACAGGCAGGCUGGAUCUCAACACGGAGAGUCAGGAUCAACAGUUCGAGGUGGACAGGGCCCUGCCCGUGGCCAGUCGGGAGAUACCUCUAGACAUGGCCAAUCUAGUCAUGGGCAAUACUCAUACUCUGAGUCCAGAACGGCUGGAAGAAGGGGAUCUAGUCAGAGUGAGUCCAGUGACAGUGAAAGGCAUUCAGGAGCCUCGCAGAGGCACUCCGCAUCCACACACAGGCAGGCUGGAUCUCAACAUGGAGAUUCGGGAUCCACAGUUAGAGGCAGACAAGAAACAGAUCACGGACAGGCUGGAUCUCAACACGGAGAGUCAGGAUCAACAGUUCGAGGUGGACAGGGCCCUGCCCGUGGCCAGUCGGGAGAUACCUCUAGACAUGGCCAAUCUAGUCAUGGGCAAUCCACACACUCUGACUCCAGAACGGCUGGAAGAAGGGGAUCUAGUCAGAGUGAGUCCAGUGACAGUGAAAGGCAUUCAGGAGCCUCACAGAGGCACUCGGCAUUCACACACAGGCAGGCUGGAUCUCAAUAUGGAGCGCCUGGACAUUCAGGAUCUGGUACAAUAGAGAGUCAUUGGUCUAGCCAUUCACAGUCACAUGAUUUUCACACGCAGUCACAGGACAACCUGAGCACACCAUCAAGUAGCCAUCAUGCCCAUUCUGGAAUAAGCCAUUCUCAGUCUCAGAUUAGUAAAAGGCAAAGAAAUGUAUCUGGUCAUGGAUGGAGUCAUGGUAGUUAUGGAAGAGAAGAAUAUGACUAUGGGCACUCUGGGUAUGGGCCUUCUGGGGGCAGCAGAACUAGUAGCCGUAAUUCUAGUCCUUUAAGGUCAUCAGCUAUAGCUGGAAUUAAGCAAGAGUCUAGACAUGGACAUUCAGUUUCUACUUCUGAACAUGUGGGAUCAAAAAAUAGUGAAAGAGCAGCAAGAGAACAUUCAAGUAGCAGGUCAGAGAUAAGUCAUGGGCAGUCAAGUGAUUCCCAUAAUGAAUCUGAAUCCAGUAUAACUACAAGGCACAGAUCUAUUCAUGGGCAUUCAGUAGCAACUCAGGAACAGUCAAGAGACACUCAUGUUCAAUCUGGAAGGCAUAGAUCUACUCAUAGCAGCCAGCCCAGCAACUGCUCUGUAUCUGGCCUUGGACAAUACUUAUCAGCUCAUAGCCAUUCAGAUUCUAGUUCAAUGAGAAGGCAGGGACCCCAUAGUGACAGUAAAGGGCAUUCAGAAUAUUGGGGGGAAAAUAUUCAUGAACAAUCAGGAUCAAGGCAUGGACAGUCAGAGUUCAACUCAGUAGGUAUAUAUGGAUCCAGCCAGAAGCACUUGGGAGAUACAUCUCAUGUGCAAGUAAGAUACAGCACAAAUUUAGCAAACAGGGAUCAAGUGAUAGACAAUCAGGAGAUAUCGAAGGUUAUUCUGAAUUCAGCACCAAUGAAAGACUAUUAUAUAGUCAUAGCCAGUCAAGUGACAAUUAUGGGCCAUCAAUAGUCAGUCGUUUACUUGAUAAUGAAGACCCUACAGGAACUGAAGAGUUUAGACAUAGAUAUUCAUCAGGCAGUACAACCACUUGGUUCGGGGAAAGGCAAAAGCAAGAGUCUGCAUCAAGUCUGUUAGGAAGCAUGAAAUUAUAUAGUCAGGGUGGUAAGCAGACAAGAGUUUCUGAGGCCCGAGGAUACCAUGGCAGAGAGCGAACAGACUCGAGUUCCUUUCACUCAGAUAGCAUCACCCCACUCUAUGAAUAUGUCCAAGAACAAAAGUGCUAUUACCUUGAAUGGUAAUUUUGAACCAACAGAAAACAGACACAAGAUAAGAACUCAAAGAAGUGAGACAUAAAACAUGGAACUGAGAUAUUAACAUGAUCCCUUCUUUUGGUAGUGAGGGUAUAUGUCUGAUCUUUUAUUUUAACUGUAGUACACUAUUCUAUUUCUUUUGUUUGGUGCAAGUUUUCUUUUGUAAGGCUCCAUAAACACUGAGCCCUUUGGUUACAAAAUAGUGGGUGGAAGAAGUAAACUGCAUUUGGGGCUAUAUUUAGAACUAUAUGAUAAUGUGAUUGGGUGCUCUGGAAUAAAGUGAGCAUUUAAAAAAAUUUAUGAGUCAUAAAUUUGGAUAUUCCUGAUUGUUUUAAUUGAUUGCUAACAAACCUAUAUCCAGGGAAUUAAGCGAUAUUGUUUGAGUCAAAAUUUCCCUAAUGACAUUGUAACAUGAUCCAUGUCCUACAAAGAAUGUUGUAGUAGUUGAAGGUUCAGAAUAUUUGCAUCUUUUGUGCCACCACUGGAACUCUGUACUACUACUUUUGAAGUUAUUGUCAUGACUGCCUGUUUAUAGGAUCCAGAAAACUGUAUUGCCUAAAACUGACAAUAAACUUUCCAUAAAGUGUA